AUGCUAGGAUUGCCUAACGAGCUGUCGGGGAGCCAAGUCCCAGGUGCUACAGAAUAUGAGCCAGGAUGGCGACGCGUCUUCAAGGUAGAAGACUUGCCUGGGCUAGGGGAUUACCACAUAGACAAUCAAACCGCUGUCCCUACGUCUAUAGUCUGCGUGAUUGCCCUUGCAGCCGCCAUGGAUAUCAGCAAUGGCAAACAAGCAAACAGCAUCGAGCUCUAUGACGUUACCAUCGGACGACCGAUCCACUUAGGAACAUCUCCAGUGGAGAUUGAGACCAUGAUCGCCAUAGAGCCUGGUAAGGAUGGAGCUGACUCCAUCCAGGCCGAGUUCAGUCUGAACAAGAGCGCCGGGCAUGACGAAAACCCGGUCAGUGUAGCCAACGGACGGUUACGCAUGACUUUCGCAGGCCACGAGCUAGAAUUAUUGUCCUCCAGACAAGCGAAGCCGUGCGGGUUGAGGCCUGUGAGCAUCAGCCCAUUCUAUGAUUCCCUCAGGGAAGUCGGGCUGGGAUACAGUGGACCUUUCCGAGCUUUAACUUCUGCUGAGCGGCGAAUGGACUAUGCAUGCGGCGUCAUCGCGCCGACGACUGGUGAAGCAUCAAGGACACCAGCCCUACUUCACCCCGCCAUGCUCGAGGCCUGCUUCCAGACGCUUCUUCUUGCCUUCGCCGCCCCUCGAGAUGGUUCGUUAUGGACGAUUUUCGUGCCUACCCAGAUCGGUCGACUCACGAUAUUUCCGAAUUCAUCCGUUGGCAUCAAUACGCCAGCCUCGGUAACUAUCGAUACGCACCUACAUGAAUUUACUGCAGGGCAUAAAGCAGAUUUACCCAUGAUCAAAGGAGACGUCAGCGUCUACAGCUCAGAGGCUGGGCAGUUGCGGAUACGCCUCGAAGGCCUCACGAUGAGCCCCAUAGCGCCCUCUACCGAGAAGCAGGACAAACGGCUGUACUUGAAAAGGACAUGGCUGCCAGAUAUUCUCUCGGGCCCAGUACUCGAGCGAGGGAAGCCAGUUUUCUGUUACGAACUCUUCGGCCUGUCGCUCGCUCCUAAGUCGAUACUGGCCGCCACCCGACUGCUCUCGCAUCGCUACGCAAAGUUAAAAAUUCUCCAGGUUGGAACUUCUUCCGUACAUCUGGUACAUUCUUUAUGUCGCGAGCUAGGAAGUUCCAUGGACUCUUACACGAUUGCCUGUGAAUCGGACAGUUCCAUGGAAGAUAUGAGGCGGAGGUUGCUAUCGGACGCCCUGCCUAUCAAGUAUGUAGUCCUCGACAUCGGAAAGAGUCUUACAGAAGGGGACGAACCUGCCGCCGGUGAGCCAACCGACCUCGGCUCUUUCGACUUGAUAAUUCUUCUAAAAGCCUCUGCCGAUGAUUCUCCCAUUUUGAAACGUACCCGAGGUCUCAUAAAGCCAGGGGGGUUUCUACUGAUGACUGUGGCGGCAACAGAGGCCAUUCCGUGGGAAGCAAGAGACAUGACCCGAAAGGCAAUACAUGAUACGCUGCAGAGCGUUGGGUUUUCGGGAGUCGAUUUAUUGCAGAGGGACCCAGAAGGCGAUUCGUCUUUCGUGAUCCUGUCACAGGCCGUCGAUCAUCAAAUCAGAUUUCUUAGGGCUCCGUUUGACUCGACUCCACCAUUUCCGACUCGAGGGACGCUUCUUGUUAUAGGCGGCGCCUCGCACAGGGCCAAACGGCCCAUUGAGACGAUCCAGAAUAGUUUGAGGCGUGUCUGGGCUGGGGAGAUCGUCUUAAUUAGGUCCCUGACCGACUUGCAGACCCGGGGCCUUGACCACGUGGAAGCUGUGCUGAGCCUGACCGAGCUUGAUCAGUCGGUCCUGGAAAAUCUCAGUCGCGAUACCUUUGACGGCCUACAUCGACUGCUCCACCAGUCCAAGAUAGUCCUGUGGGUCACAUACAGCGCAGGAAAUCUGAACCCCCACCAAAGCGGUGCAAUUGGGCUGGUUCGAGCCGUCCAGGCUGAAACCCCCGACAAGGUUCUGCAGCUCCUUGAUGUGGAUCAGAUUGAUGGCAACGACGGUCUUGUGGCGGAGAGCUUCCUUCGGCUUAUCGGGGGCGUCAAGAUGAAGGAUGGCAGCUCGAAUAGCUUGUGGACGGUCGAACCAGAGCUCUCCGUCCAAGGAGGGAGACUUCUUAUCCCGAGGGUGCUUUUCGACAAGAAGCGCAACGAUCGUCUCAACUGUUUACGCCGGCAGCUGAAAGCAACCGAUUCCUUUGAGAAGCAGUCGGCUCUGGCUCGUCCCAUUGAUCCUUGCAGCCUGUUCUCGCCGAACAAGACGUAUGUUCUCGCCGGUCUGAGCGGGCAGAUGGGCCAGUCCAUCACCAGAUGGAUAGUACAGAGUGGUGGGCGCCACAUUGUGAUCACAAGCCGCAAUCCCGACAAGGACGAUCUCUGGACAAAAGAGCUAGAACAGCGCGGUGCUCACAUUGAGAUCAUGGCCGCUGAUGUGACCAAGAAGCAAGAAAUGAUCAACGUCCGCAACCAGAUCCUAAGUGCUAUGCCCCCCAUCGGAGGCGUGGCAAACGGUGCAAUGCUUCAGUCGAAUUGUUUCUUCUCUGAUCUGACGUACGAGGCCCUACAGGAUGUCCUGAAGCCCAAGGUGGAUGGGUCGCUGGUUCUCGAUGAGGUCUUCUCUAGUGAUGACCUCGACUUUUUUCUGUUGUUCUCGUCCAUCUCGGCGGUGGUUGGGCAGCCAUUCCAAGCAAACUACGAUGCGGCGAAUAACUUUAUGACCGGCUUGGUGUUGCAGAGACGCGCUCGUAACCUGCCUGCGUCGGUCAUCAACCUUGGCCCGAUCAUAGGGCUCGGGUUCAUUCAGAACAUAGAUAGUGGUGGAGGUUCCGAGGCUGUGAUUGCUACAUUGCGAAGUCUGGAUUACAUGCUUGUCUCCGAGCGUGAGCUUCAUCACAUAUUGGCCGAAGCAAUCCUCAUCGGCAAGAGCGAUGAGACUCCGGAAAUAAUCACUGGGUUAGAGACGGUCUCGGACAAUCCAGCACCUUUCUGGCACAAGAGCUUGCUCUUUUCACAUAUCAUAUAG